AGAGUACAGUAUUACCAUAACCAAUUAAAUUAACUUAAAGUUUAGAAACAGAAAUUUGCAAUUCUUAUUAACGCCCAAAUUUUAGCAUAUUAUUAAGGAGAAGAACUGUAUUGGGUUUAGUAAUAUUUAAUGUGCUUUUAGAACCCAUUAAUAUUUUGGGGAUACUUGUAAGUUACUCAAAAGCCCUAGGUUGGGGAAUGAAAUUGCAAAUUAUCAGUUGAUAACUUACGAUGGCGGACAAAGUCGGAAACGGAGACAACGCCACCGCCUCUGUGAGAAUCCCUAGCCAGUAUGUCGAUCACCACCGCCGCAAAAUCAAACGAGCAAGAGUUUCAAGCGAAGAUCUAGACUCAAUCAGCUCUUUGCCUGAUGAGAUCCUCCAAGUUAUCCUCGCCUUCAUCCCGACAAAAUUAGCAAUCAGAACUUCCAUCUUGUCGAGAAGAUGGAGACAUGUAUGGUCUGAUACACCUUCCCUCUCCUUCUUCGGUGGUAGAUGUCGUCCCGACAGUGAUUCGAUAGACAAAACCCUAUCUCGCUACAAGGCUCGCAAGAUGAUGAGUUUUGAGCUCCGUUUCUUCGACGACUAUUAUCCUUACGUUUACAGUUAGAUUGAGAUUGACAAUCUCUGAUUUUCCAUAUACUUUAGUUGAUGUCUCGUCUUUAACCAAAGCUGAACUAGACAUUGACUCUGUCUCACCUGAAAGAUUAAACACUCGUUUUCUUGAAACCAUUGUGAUAAAGAUUCUAGAGAAGGUGCAGAAUGUAGAGAAGCUUACUCUUGGUGGAAACUUUCUUAAGGUACAUUUUGGUGUAUACAAGUGUCAUAUGGAUGGAUAUUAUAUAGCU